CCUAAUAAAGUGGCCUCUGAGUGUGGGCUCCUGGAUCCCGGCUCGGUCCAUUGGGCCGUGGCUGGUGUGGUUCUGUACUGUGGACUCAGGCGGUGCGUUCCUGGUCCGCGUCUAGCGUUUCAGAUCUAUAAAUAGUCGCCUCGACUCCACCACGGAGAGUGACACACACACACACACACACACUGAGCUCUGGCCUCAAAUAUCCCAUCGACCGUCACAGAGCCGCCGACUGCGCCAUCGCAGCGCUGCAGUGUGGUGGCUCGGACUCAGGCAAAGUCCUGCGAGGCUCUGCCAACUGCGCCUGCUGGUGUUUACGGAGCCUCCUCGUCUGGGAAGCUUUAUUUGAGCCUCCUUCCUGCUCUCCGUUUGUUUUUUUGGGUCCAUAUGGGGGAGCGUCGUGCUGUUGGUUCAGUGUAGCACCCUGCUGUGGCAGCCAGCUGGAGCAAGUCGAAGCGUCAAAGGCGGAAGACGGCAAGCCUCCUCCUCGUCCUCGCCCGCCAGCCCGUCGUUCCCACGAAGGAGACGGGCUCCACGCCGCGUCGGAGGGUUCAGGGCCGUCGUUUGGACACGGACGUAGCGGCAACCCGCAGACAUGUCGCCUUUCCUGCGGAUCGGCUUCUCUAAGUUCGAGAUGGACCCCAGCCUGGCCUAUCACGAGGAGGUGCUGAACGCGUACUGCGCCGUGUACAUGAAGGAGGCCGUGGACACAGAAAAGGGCCAGGUGUACAAGCAGAAGAAGCCCACCAUGUACCCGCCGUGGAGCACCACCUUCGACGCCCACAUCCACCGCGGCCGCAUCAUGCACGUGAUGGUGAAGGACCGCACGGCCGAGCUGAAGUCCGAGGCCACGGUGGCGCUGGACUCGCUGGCCACGCGCUGCAAGAAGGAGAACGGCAAGCUGGAGAUCUGGCUGGAGCUGAAGCCUCAAGGUCGAGUCCUGAUGGAGGCCAGAUAUUACCUCGAGAAAAGCGACACGCCGGGUCAGACCGAGGGAGACCCUGAGUCCGAGCGGGAGCACGAGAGCCUGUUCGCCCUCCACCACCGCCGCGGCGCCAUCAAACAGGCCAAGGUCCACGUCGUCAAGUGCCACGAGUUCAGCGCCACGUUCUUCCCCCAGCCCACGUUCUGCUCCGUCUGCAAGGAGUUCGUCUGGGGGCUCAACAAGCAGGGCUACCAGUGCAGACAGUGCAACGCAGCCAUCCACAAAAAAUGCAUAGACAAAGUCAUCGCCAAAUGCACGGGUUCAGCCAUAAACAGCAAGGAGACCAUGAUCCACAAGGAACGCUUCAAGAUCGACAUGCCCCACAGGUUCAGAGUCUACAACUACAAGAGCCCCACGUUCUGCGAGCACUGUGGGACCCUCCUGUGGGGCCUCGCCAGGCAGGGGCUCAAAUGUGAGGAAUGCAGCAUGAACGUCCACCAUAAGUGCCAGAAGAAAGUAGCUAACCUCUGCGGGGUCAACCAGAAGCUGAUGGCUGAGGCGCUGGCCAUGAUCGAGAGCAAGCAGCAGGCCAAAAGCACCAAAGACUCGGAGAUCAUCGGUCGAGAGGGUCCGGUGGGCGUGGGCCAGCCGGGGAUGCUCCGGGCGCCGUCCGGGUUGACGGCUUUAUCGGCCAUGGCUGCACCUGCAAGCAGAGAGAUGCAGGGCGUCUCCUGGGAGGCGCCCGCCGGCAACGGCGGGGCCGUCACCGAGGCGGCGGAGCACGAGGAGCCUCUGUACGCCGUCCCCAAGAAGGACCAGCCCAAAUUCACCCUCGACGACUUUAUCCUGCACAAGAUGCUGGGGAAAGGCAGCUUUGGAAAGGUGUUUUUGGCGGAGCUGAGGAAAAGUGGGACGUUCUACGCUGUGAAGGCGCUAAAAAAGGACGUGGUCCUGAUGGACGAUGACGUGGAGUGCACCAUGGUGGAGAGGAGGGUGCUGUCUCUGGCCUGGGAGAAUCCCUUCCUCACACAGCUGUACUGCACCUUCCAGACCAAGGAAAACCUGUUUUUCGUAAUGGAGUAUCUGAACGGAGGCGAUCUCAUGUUUCACAUCCAGAACUGCCACAAGUUUGACGUGCGCAGGGCCACCUUCUACGCGGCCGAGAUCGUCUGUGGGCUCCAGUUCUUACACUCCAAAGGAAUCAUUUACAGGGAUCUGAAGCUGGACAACGUGCUGCUGGACUCCGAGGGCCACAUAAAGAUAGCAGACUUUGGCAUGUGCAAGGAGAACAUGCAGGAUGAAUCACGGACCUCCACCUUCUGUGGGACACCGGACUACAUCGCCCCCGAGAUCCUGCUGGGCCAGAAGUACAACAGCUCGGUGGACUGGUGGUCGUUUGGGGUGCUGCUCUACGAGAUGCUCAUCGGUCAGUCGCCGUUCCACGGGCGCGACGAGGAGGAGCUGUUCCAGUCCAUACGCACUGACAACCCCCUCUACCCCCGCUGGCUCAGUAAGGACGCCAGGGACAUCCUGGUCAAGCUGUUUGUCAGAGAGCCUGAAGAGCGACUGGGGGUCAAAGGGAACAUCAGGCUGCACAAAUUCUUCAGCAGCACCGACUGGAGCGCCCUGGAACAGCGGCAGGUGGAGGCGCCCUUCAAGCCAACUAUAACGUCGCCCAGCGACUGCAGUAAUUUCGACAAGGAGUUCAUCAACGAGAAGCCGAGGCUGUCGUGUGCCGACCGGACGCUCAUCAACAGCGUGGACCAGACCAUGUUCAGGAACUUCUCCUUCGUUAACCCGGGGAUCAACCGGGUGGCAGCUCGCUGAGCCGCCGAAUGCUACCGUACCUACAGACGAGCACUGCACAGUGACGGACACUCUGACUGACUGUCACGGCUGGAAACACGGGGUGGAACCACUAAAGCGGCGCCAACGACAGCAGUGAUGGGACUUGUGUUGCACGUCUUCUCUGUCUACAUGCGUAAAUUGCAAAACAAACUAACCAACUGGGUCCGUUCGGGCCUCUGGGUGUGAUAUAAACUAGUAAUAUAUAGUCAUUUGUCCACUCUUACUGUAGGAAUGUCCUUGUAAUUAGCCUCUGGUGCUUGUUGUGUAAAUAACUAUAAUAUUGUCGAGUGAUCACGGUACUGAGUUGUUGUUAGACUACAUCUGUCACUGUAUCAGAGAACUUUGUUUUCUCAUUGUACCUCAGGAGAUUUAUUGGUACUGUCAUUCGGUUCAGGUUCUUAGAUUAACUGAGAUUUUGUUUCUUUUAUUGUGAAUCCCGAACAAUAAAAUGUGUUUUUUUAAGA